UUUUCUUUAUCCUUUCAUCCACUGACGGACAUUUAGAUUGUUUCCAUGUCUUAGGUAUGGUGACUAAUGUCACAAUAAACAUGGGAGAGCAAAUAACUCUUAACACCAUCUCAAAGGUAUUAAGUGUGCAACAGUAAAUGGGUAUGAGUAAAUACGAUAUGAUUUGUUUUAGAAAAUAUGGUAAAAAAGCAGAAAAUACAUCAUGAAAGAGUAACAAUAGGAAAUGAUGAACUCUUUCCAGAGCUCAGGCUCCAUUCUUCCUUGUGUUUUAUUCUUAGACAGCUCAAGGCCCUUUCUUUUCCAACUGAGAUCCUGACCCAGGCUCUUUUCCUGACACUAAAAAGGAGUCUGAUAAACCAAGAUUCUGAUUCUUCCAAUCAAGAAUCUCUCUCCAUGACUGAAGCUGGAGAUUCAUUUCUGUAUUGAUGGCUGAAGGAAACCGGACAAGGGUUGGGGAGUUUAUCCUCAUGAGCUUCUCUUCCCUACCUACUGAAAUACAGUCACUACUCUUCCUGACAUUUCUAAUCAUCUACCUGGUCACGCUAUUGGGAAACAGCCUCAUCAUUCUUGUUACCUUGGCUGACCCCAUGCUGCACAGCCCCAUGUACUUCUUCCUCAGGAACUUGUCCUUCUUGGAGAUUGGCUUCAACCUAGUCAUCGUGCCCAAGAUGCUGGGGACCCUGCUUGCCCGGGACACAACCAUCUCCUUCCUUGGCUGUGCCAUGCAGAUGUAUUUCUUCUUCUUCUUUGGAGUUGCUGAAUGCGUCCUCCUGGCCACCAUGGCAUAUGACCGCUAUGUAGCCAUCUGCAAUCCCUUGCACUACCCAGUCAUCAUGAACCAGAGGACACGUGCCAAAUUGGCUGUUGCCUCCUGGUUUCCAGGCUUUCCCGUAGCUACUGUGCAGACCACUUGGCUCUUCAGCUUUCCAUUCUGUGGCACCAACAAGGUGAACCACUUCUUCUGUGACAGCCCACCUGUGCUGAGACUGGUGUGUGCAGACACAGCAAUGUUUGAGAUCUAUGCGAUUGUUGGAACUGUGCUGGUCGUCAUGAUACCCUGCAUGCUGAUCCUGUGUUCCUACAUGCGCAUUGCUGCUGCCAUCCUUAAGAUUCCAUCAGCUAAAGGGAAGCAUAAAGCCUUCUCUACCUGCUCCUCCCACCUCCUUGUUGUCUCCCUUUUCUAUGUGUCAUUAAGCCUCACCUACUUCCGGCCUAAAUCCAAUAAUUCGCCUGAGAGCAAAAAGCUGCUGUCAUUGUCCUACACUGUUGUGACUCCCAUGUUGAACCCCAUCAUCUAUAGCCUGAGAAAUAACGAGGUGAAGAAUGCCCUUGGCCGGACCUUCUGCAAGGCUUUCGGCCUUAGAAUUUGCAUCCCAUAGACGUUAAGAAAUGAGAGUAAAGUGUACUCAAUGUGGAGCAAUCAGGUUCAUAUUUGGGAUUCCUCUGCCUCCCUUGCCAUCUCUGUUGGGAUGAAACCCAGCUGCUGAAAUGACUAUUGGGAAGCUCAGAAGAGGGGAAAGAGCAGAGAAGUAGGUUGGCCCUGUUCCUACCACCUGGAAACUCCUCUGUUCAUUGUAGGUUUAAGUUAUUUUUCUUAUUGGUACAGUGGCACUUUGACACUUCUAUGACUAACCUAUUCCUGGUAUUGACUUUGUUAAUGUGUGCCAAU